CUUACAUAGUGAAUUAUGUUUGUUUUGAACUAGGUCAUGGGUACAGUGAAACACUGUUUGAGAAAUCCAGCAAAGAAAAUGCAAAUUGUCUAAGUUGUGCGUCACUGCCUCAUUUCCAGUCUUCCUGCUCGUGUGGAAAAGGCGACAACCGAUCGACAGCAGCUAUGAUAAUUUUCCAACCUGCGAGUUUAUAAACAAACAUGGCAGAAAAACUGGGGCCUUGCUUACAAUGUAUCAGAUAUCUACUGUUCGUAUUCAAUGCGUUAUUCUGGGUAAUGGGAUGUGGUGUCCUGUCUGUUGGUGUAUGGGCAAUAGUACAGUUCAAUGAUUACAUGAAGCUGUCUUCACAUGACUUUGCUAUUGCUGCAUACAUAUUGAUAGGCGUGGGCUUCUUCAUUGCCAUUGUUGGUUUCAUUGGAUGCUGUGGUGCUUUAAGAGAACACACAUGCUUGUUAAAGACAUUUGCAGUGAUUCUUGGAUUUCUUUUCUUGGUUGAGCUCGGGACAGCCAUCACUGGCUAUGUGUUCCGUGAUGAGAUCAAGUCUGGUUUCAAUGAAGGCUUGGAUAGUGCUUUGGAUAAAUACUCAGAUGCAGGGUUUAAAGAUGUCUGGGAUAACAUGCAGUCAAAUUUACAUUGCUGUGGUAGUAAGAAUUACACUGAUUGGUUUGGCAAAAAGAAGUCAACCAGUGUUUCCUGGAAUACUUCAGUACCAGAGUCAUGCUGUAGAACAAAGACUAAAAACUGCAAUGUUGAUGUUACAUUAAAUCCUAGAAAAAUAUAUUCUGACAAGUCCUGCUAUACUGCAGCAGUGGAGUAUAUUGAAGAUAAAAUGAUCAUUAUUGGAAGUGUUGCUCUUGCAAUUGCAGUAUUUCAGUUAAUUGGUAUUACAUUUUCCUGUUGCCUAGCUGCCACACUUCAAAAUCUCAAGAUGUAUGAAUUAGUUUAGAUUUUACCAAAUAUUAUGGUAAAGGAGUCUGUAGAUAACAUAUCUCUACUGACAAAAAAGGCCCCAUCAACAAGGAUUUUUAGUCUCUUCACAGCUGUUUGAAAGUCAGGAUCCUAAGAUGCAAACAGGUGCAAGGAUACUAAGACAAUAUUGCAGAAUAUAUUGAUAAUGGACAAGAAAUUACAAAGAAAAUUCCUUAUGUUUCUUUGUUAGACUUGUUAUAGACUUUCCAAUGUUUUAAUAUAUUAAUAUUAUUUGCGAGCUUCAUGUCAGAUUUAUGAGAAAUAUCAGGUUUGUAACUAGUAUUGUAGUACAAUUUGAAACUGGUUGUUCAAAGCUCGAUAAGCGCUAAUCCUGGUUUAAAUCUUAAAAAAAAACAUUAGUUAACUCAGAAUUAAUCCUAUUUGGGUUUUGAACAACUUGACCCUGGUAUUUAUCAGAGGUAUUACUAGGCUUUUUCUCAUUAUUAGUACUUCAGUUAGAAUAGAAACUAAAUUAUUUUUGUUUAUAUAAUGGUAAACAUCUAAGGAGUAGAAUAUUUUGUGUUUAACUUGUCCAGUGCAGCCUGGAGUGAGUAAAGCUAAGUGUCAGAUAACAAGGAAUCUUGUGCUUAAUUUGCAGACUUUGAUUCCUACUUCCUUCUCUACUAAAGCCUAAUACUACUCAAACUGUACUCUUUUAAUUUAUUAUGAUGUUAGAGUUGUUGUUUUUUUUUGGGCAUUAAAAAAACAAUUCAGUUUUCAAUUGAGAAAAAUUAAAAUAAAGAAAAAAUUGACAGCAUAAAUUAUACAUUUUAGUCAGUCAAAGAGCAUUUACUUCAAAAUCUGCUGUUUACUUUUCAAUGAUAGAAAAUCUAACAAAUUUACAUUUUAUUUCAUGGACAUAGUGUAAGCAUACUAAAUAUCACUAUAAAGGCAUACUCAAACCAUAGUUAAUAGCUCAAACCUGCUCAAUAAUAAAACUUUCACAUGCAAAAUAUAUUUACUCAUAACACAGAUAAAAUUAUUCCAAAUUCAUUGUACAACAUGAUUAAAAUCAUUGAUUUAAGAGCAAAAUCACUUAUAAUGACUUAUGUAUGAAAAGGUUUUUAAACAAUUCAAUGAAUUACAAAGGAAUUGCUAUAAUUUAAUUCAAUUAAUCCAAGAAAAUGCUUUUCCUAAGCUUUAAUGCAAUAGUAUUCAUUUGUAGCCUCCUUUGCAGACGUUAUUAGUAUCGGUCAUAAAUUCCCUCUCCACUAAGAGGGAAUUUAUGACUGUUACUAAUAAAGUCUGCAAAGGAGGCUAAUUCGUUUGUAAUUCAAGGAAUUUUUAGCAAUGAUGUAAAAGAAGUUACUAAAAAUCUAUAAGUAAUAUAAUCAUUUUAGUACAUAACGUAUAAAAUAUCUGGAUGAGUUUUUUAUGUGAUUAUGCUGAAGUUGUUCAAAAUUCUGUAUGAAAAUUUCAAUAUUCUUUUAAAUUACUAUUUUCAUCCAAUAUCUUUUUUUUAUUUUUAUUUGAUGAUAAAUUUAGUCUUUAAUGUUUGUAUAAUAUUUUAACUGUUAUACAUGUUAUGCAGCUGUAAUUCCUAUCUUGAGAUCAACUUUAGGCACAACCUUGAACCAAACACAAGCAACAUUUAAGUGCAAACAGGAAUUUUGUCAAAUAUGUUUUUAGUGACUAUAGAUAUACAUUCCUUAUACAGUCAAUUGCAAAAUGGUUGUGGAUCGAGAUAUACUUAAAUACACAUAUAUAAUCAGAUUCAUAAAAUAUACCAAUGCCAUGCAAGGUAUACUUAAAGACUUCAUCUAUCUAAAUGUAUAACUUAGUAAUACCAAGACAAUAGGAACAGCACUGUUACAAUAUGUGUACCAAUAUGUGUUCCAGCGUACCACUUCCGGUAUGCUUACGUAAUAAUAUCUGUCAAUCAUGUCAUACAUCAUAAGCACAUGUAAUCUACAAGAGACUCAGUUGAAAUAAAGAUGGCUUACGGUCAUUGAACUCGUGAAA